AUGGCGAUAAAAAGUGAAGGCUUUUCAAAUGGCCACACCUCCCAGGAUCUUAGAAAGAAAUGCAACGUGCAUUUAGAACUCGAAGAGCAUCAGACGGAGUGGAGGGGGAAACACAAGGUUAAGAUGAAAAACAGAGCUUUGAAAGUUUUCAGAGAUUGCCUGGAAGAGCUGGAAGAGGUUCGGGCCCUGACUUCACUUCUACAAAGCCACCUGGGCAGGCUCCCUGACAAGGGCAGCUCUCAUCAGCUCUCCUAUCAAGACCCCCCUGGUGAGGUGUGCAGAGCAGCGUCUGCUGGAGCCCACCUGCCCUGCAGGGAACCUGCAGAAGAGGCUGUUCCUGCCACGUGCCCAUCAGCUGCCCUGGCUCCUCUGACCCAGGGUUCUUUACCUGUGGCCUCCACCCUGUCAAAAGAACCUCAAGACCAAUCCAACUUGAAGAAAAUCACCCUUGGCACUGUUGCCAAGAGCUCACCUCCAGGUAACUCUUUUUUGGCAUCUACCAUCGCAGCCAUCUUGAGUCUUGGCCUCGCAUGCUAUCCCAUUUUGUUCCUGUCCUUCUGGUGGAAGACUACCAAGGCCUUGUUCUUCCCCACCUCAUCACAGAGUGAGUCCCAGCAAGAACACCUGUCCCACCAGCCACCAGGGGCCCCGUUCCAGGAAGAGCCCACAGACAAGCAGGUAGAGACUGGUAGCCCCUCACCUGUCAACCCUGAAGUCCAGAAGCUGCUGGAGAUUCUAAUCACCAAGAAAGUAGAACUAAACAUUCAUAAGGGGAAAGAAAAGGAUGGGUCAUUCUUGGAACAAAUGAGCUCAGACUACCACCUGAACACUUUAGGGAAUGUGUGGAAAUCACUGGGUGCUGAGCAGGACAACACAAUCCCUCAAUCUUUCUGGAACAGGAAAGACAAAACAGAGCAGCUACCCGGUCCUCGGCAGCUCUUACACUCCGAGGUCUUGAGGGACCACUUGGAACUGACAUACACCCAGCUCUACUGGGGUCACCCCUCUCUGCACAGCGAGUCCCUGGUGGCUACUAGGAGCUCUACUCAACAGCAGGCACCCUUUGUUUUAUUCAGUGGAGUUUCUAAUGGCUUUCCAGUUUCAAUUCAACCUAGAAUACCUUUAGGUCCUUCCCAGGCCGCAGUCUUGCCCUGCCCGGGGGUCCCACCCCAGCCUUUCACUCAAACCUUGCCUCCGUGCCAGUCCCCACCUCUGGCUCAGAUCCAGGCCCAGCCCUACCUCCCAUCUUCUCUCCCAUUCAGACCACCUUAUUCUCCACCCCAGAUGAGUACCUGUGGACUAGACUGUCCUACAUUUCAGAACAAGACACCAUAUUUUAUCCCAACUGAAACUCAAUGGCUGAAAUGCCCCUUGUUGCAGAAGCAACUGAAAAGUGGGAAGCCUUCAUCCUCUGUGGUCAAAAGAUCUCAGAAAGGCUUUAGCCAACUCAGUCUCAACCUUCCCCAAGAGAGGGGGCGCUCUCAGGCCCAAAGGUCAGUUUCUGUUCAUCAUGAGGACUUAAUUGGCCCUGAUCUCCAGAAGCAACAUCUUCAAAAGAGGCUCAUCAAAGAUCAAACCAAGAGGGGCCUGUGCCUCAGUAUCCACCUGUCUCUGUCUCUGGAAUUGAGUUCCUCUCAGUGCCAAGUUUUAAGGACUUAUCAGGCACAGGGCAAGCAGGGACCCUGGCAGCCCUCUGCUUUUACAGGCAAAAGGAGACUGGACCCACAGAAGAUAAGGUCCAGGCGCCCUAGGAGAUCCCAUAGGAAGGGUCAAAUGCAAUUUCAACCAGGGAAGGAUUUCGGCAAGGGUCUAAGGCCAUGUCUGAGGAGGAUCUCAAAAGCUUCCUCCAGGGCCAGGCUCCCAGGGAAGUUUCUGCAAAGAAACUCUGAAAAGGAGUCUGAAAGAUACCUGAUGAGGCCCUUGAUGAGUGACUCUGGAAACUGUUUACCCAGUAGCCCAGAGAAGAAACAUCUAGAAGAAAUCUUGAAAGCCCAUUUGAGCACAAAGUCGACGCAGAUUAAUCAAGGUUUGAUCCCUGUGAUUGUGCGUCAAUCCUGGCUUGCUGCCAACUGUGUUUUUUCUAAGCCCCACCCUCACGAGGAAAUCAGAAAUCCAGCACCCUUGAAGUUUUGGAAACCCUGUGUAAACUCCUCCCGUAUGCUUUCCUUCCUCAGUCCAAGCAUUCGGCAGAUGCUGGAAGCACAUAUUCUAAGGUGGCGGGUAAGGCACAGGUGGGGCCUACCCAAACAGGCCUUUGAGCCCAUAAAUCUCAAGCCAUGUGGGGCUCAACCCUUGUCCUCUCCAAGGUCCACCUUUUCCCCCUCUGCCACCUGGCAAUCUGGGGCACACUCAAAAGCCAACUUUGCUAAUAAGUUCUUGGGAAAACCUCAGCCCCAUCAGGGAAUGAAAGUGAUAACAAAAGCAACAGUUCCCACCCUGGUGAGUCCCCUCCCUGUUCCCUCACCUGAGCAUACAGAAAUCCAGAGGGCCCUGGGAAAGACUUCACCUGGUGACAGCUAUGGGCCCUCAGAGGCCCCUCUGACUGGACAGGAGGGCAGACUGCCUUAUCAGAUGCCCACAGUCAACCUCAUAGGCAGAAGCUGGGAGAAUGGGACUGUCUUGGGGUUUCCAGCCGCUAGGAAAACCCUGUCACUACCAACAAAGUCAGUUGCCCAACAUCCAAAGGAGCCAUGCCUUAAAACACAGGUGGCUCAAGGCCGUGCCACUGGGGAGCUCCUUCAAGACUCUCAAACGGAUGUGCUCCUUCCUGCAGACAUCCUGGCUUCUCAUAGGUCUCUUUCCAGUUCCCAGAGGGAACGUGCCAGUGAGGACGCGCCCGCGUUCCAGGCGGUGCCAUGUGACCUCAACGCGAGUGAACGGAGCAGCCGGGGGCCGUGGGAGUUCAGAAACCCAACACGUACGGACUCAUUCAAGAGCCAGAGCGAGAUGGCUGCCCCAACCGAGGAGCGGAGGGGCUCUAAGAGGCUCCAACCUGGAAAGCAUGAAGAAAUGAGGAGCAGCCAGGGACAAGAGGAACCCAGGAAACCAAAAAUUAGGGACCCGUGUAAGGGCCAGUUUUCCUCAGCUGAUGAGGGGGUGGUCUGUGAGAGGCUCAAACCAGAAGAGGAUGAAGAAAUGAACAGCCAGAGCAAGAUGUCUGCCCCAACUGAGGAGCGGAGGGACUUUAAGGGGCCCCAACCGAAAGAGCAUGAAGAAAUGAAGGGCCAGACGGAGGUGCUCGCAUCAGCUGAGGAGUGGAGGGGUUUCACGAAGCCCCAACCAGGACAGCAUGAAGAAACAAGAAGCCAGAGCGAGACGCUUGCCCCAGCUGAGGAGUGCAGGAGCGUUAGGAGACUGCAACCAGGAGAACACGAAGAAACGAGAAGCAACCAGGGACAACAGGAACCCAGGAAAGCAAAGGUUAGGGACCCGUGUAAGGGCCAGUUUGCCUCAACUGAUGAUGGGGAGGUCUGUGAGGGGCUCAAACCAGAAGAGGAUGAAGAAAUGAACAGCCAGAGCAAGAUGUUUGCCCCAACUGAUGAGAGGGAGGACGAUUGGAGGCCCAAACCGGGAGAGUAUGAAGAAAGGUCUUCAGCACUAAAGGCUUCUCAAGCAAGUGGGAUGAGCCACGCUUCUCAGGUCAGGGAAAGAGGAGAGUCCCUUGGGAGCAAACACCCCCAGCUCUCGCCAGAGAAGAGAGAGCUUUCACCAGAAAGCCAAAAAUGGACAAGGCACUUUCUGCAGUAUCUUAGCCACAAUAAAAAAGGCAAAGGAACAGAAGAAUCCCUUCAAAAAGGCAAGCCUGUAUCAGCCACUGCUCACCACCAGGAGCCAAUCAAAGGCAAAUCUGUUGUAGAGAGCAGGGCUAUUGAUCCUCGGGCGAUUGGAACAGCUGUUGGACAGGCCCUAGUAGACAAACUGGGGCUUCACCAAGGACUCUGUGCCUCAGAGUUAAAUCAGCACCCAGAACAGCUCCAGGCCCCAGCAGAGGGGCAUUCCCACUACCACAGUGUUCUCUCCUCUUCAGAACAGAGAAGAGUGUUGAAAAAUACAGCCUACAGUCACCAAGCCACCCCCAAGGACCACAGCUACCUUAACAACAGCAGGCAUACCAGAGGCAGGGGCGACAAGUUGGCCUUCCCACCCAGGGAACUGGAGUCCCCAGUCAGACCCUGCCAGCAUAGACCAAGGGUGGCAGGUGACUCAGGCCACCUGCGCCAUCAUCCAACAUGUCCUCGAAAAUGUGUUCCCUCUGGUCAACCAGAGCGUGCUUCUCAUGCCUCUCCUGGUAGGAAAGCAGUGCAAGAAAAAGUGCAGUUCAUAAAAAGAAAACCUGUUUCUUCUCAUGUUAACACAUUGUCUAUGUGUUAA